AUGCUUUCAACCCAGCUCAUAAUGUCAUCCAGCUUGAUCCUAGUCCUUCUCCUCCUCCUGUAUCCUGUCCUAACGACACUAAACCCCGACCCCCAGGAAGACACCUGAGCGCUUCUAAAAGUAAAAACAGCAGUAAAAAUAGCCUUCUUUAUUAGCCUGCUCCCCCUAUUUAUGCUCCUUAACGAAGGAAUAGAGACUAUCGUAACAAGCUGAAACUGAACUAAUACCUUAACCUUUGAUAUCAACAUCAGCUUUAAAUUCGACCAUUAUUCAACCAUUUUUACCCCCAUUGCCUUAUAUGUAACAUGAUCUAUUCUAGAAUUUGCAUCCUGAUACAUACAUGCCGAUCCGUACAUAAAUCGGUUCUUUAAAUAUCUCCUUAUUUUCCUUAUUGCCAUAAUUACACUAGUCACUGCAAAUAAUAUAUUCCAACUUUUUAUCGGCUGAGAAGGAGUCGGCAUUAUAUCAUUCCUUCUUAUCGGUUGAUGAUACGGCCGAGCAGAUGCAAACACCGCUGCACUCCAAGCAGUCCUAUAUAAUCGCGUAGGCGACAUCGGCCUUAUUUUUGCUAUGGCAUGAAUAGCAAUAAAUAUUAACUCCUGAGAAAUACAACAAAUAUUCGCAACCACAAAAGACCUCGACCUAACUUUCCCCCUCAUCGGACUUAUUGUAGCCGCUACUGGUAAAUCCGCCCAAUUUGGCCUCCAUCCAUGACUUCCAUCUGCAAUGGAAGGUCCCACACCGGUCUCUGCCCUACUUCACUCCAGCACCAUGGUUGUUGCAGGUAUUUUCCUCUUGAUCCGAAUAAAUCCCCUUAUAGAAAAUAAUCAAACCGCAUUAACAACUUGCCUCUGCCUCGGCGCCCUUACCACUGUUUUCACUGCCACUUGUGCCCUUACCCAAAAUGAUAUUAAAAAAAUCAUUGCCUUCUCCACAUCUAGCCAACUAGGCCUAAUAAUAGUUACAAUUGGACUCAACCAACCACAACUUGCGUUCCUCCACAUUUGCACCCACGCCUUCUUUAAAGCCAUGCUCUUCCUCUGCUCAGGUUCAAUCAUCCACAGCCUAAAUGACGAACAAGAUAUUCGAAAGAUAGGGGGCAUGCACCAUCUGACACCCUUCACGUCCUCCUGCCUAACUAUUGGCAGCCUCGCCCUCACCGGUACCCCCUUCUUAGCAGGCUUCUUUUCAAAAGACGCCAUUAUUGAAGCCCUAAAUACCUCGCACCUAAACGCCUGAGCCCUUACUAUAACCCUCCUAGCCACUUCCUUCACAGCUGUUUACAGCCUACGAGUAGUCUUCUUUGUAUCCAUGGGCUACCCUCGAUUCUUACCACUCUCUCCUAUUAACGAAAACAACCCAGCAGUAAUUAAUCCUAUUAAACGCCUCGCCUGAGGAAGCAUUGUUGCAGGUCUUCUAAUUAUUUCAAAUAUUACUCCCCUUAAAACCCCGAUUAUAACCAUACCCCCCAUACUUAAGUUAGCUGCUCUAAUCGUGACUAUCCUGGGCCUUGUCCUCGCCCUAGAACUUGCGUCCCUAACAAACAAACAAUUUAAACCUACCCCUAAACUAAGCCCCCAUCACUUCUCCAACAUGCUAGGCUUCUUUCCUGCAGUAAUUCACCGACUCAUCCCAAAGCUAGGCCUAAUUUUAGGCCAAGCAAUUGCAAGCCAAACAAUCGACCAAACAUGAUUAGAAAAAGUAGGCCCAAAAGCUGUAACUUCCUUAAACAUUCCCCUCAUCACAACGGUUAGCAACACCCAGCGCGGUAUAAUCAAAACAUACCUUACUCUAUUCCUCCUAACCCUUACCCUCGCGAUCCUACUUCUUAACAUCUAG